ACUGUGUCACUGUGUGUGUUCAGAAGAUUGUUUGCCAUGUUUUGUUGAAGUAGCUCGAGUAAGAAAUAGAUACAACUCCACAGCAGUCAAGCCAGUGAUAAUGAAUGUAUGCUGCAGCGAAUCGGCAUUUGUAACUAGCGGGAAUUCCAACCUUCACAAUCGAUACGAGGAAACAUCGGAGCGCUCCCACUGUCCAUAUUGCUUUCAGCUCUCCCGAUUGCCGGGCGACGUUUCUUCUCCUUUUCUAUUCGCUUGUUGAGCUGCUUGUAAACACGCUAUUAUAAUGGAGGGUGCCACUGCAGCGUCGUCAAACAUGAUUACGGAGAGACCUCCUAGCACUGCCACUAGUGUGCAACGUAAAGAGGAGACAGCGGAGUUGAAAUUAACACCGCUGUCCAAUGGCAUGACGCAAGCAGAGCGUAUGGAAGCAAGAGAUACCCGCGUUGAACAAUACGCGGAGUUUAAAAAAGAUCAGAAGAAAGCAUCUAUCGGAGGAAAGUACCGGCCAGGCGCAGCAGCAUCCCUUAAACCUCGUCCCAAGUUUGAACUUCUUCCACCUACCUGGGUCGACACCGGAGACAGACCAAAGAUAUACGUUGGUGCACGUGCCAAUGAAUCAAAGCCAAAACCUGACAAGGGAGCAGCGUCAAGCACAAAGGAAUCUACUAACGCCACUUCCAACCGCCCAGCCCGUGGCAAUGGCGUAAAACACGGGCAGCAGGGCAAGGGCAUUGGCGACAUAGCGCGUUUCCCGUCCAUGGAAUCUCUGGAGUGUGAGACCACGAUUGCUGUUCGUCCCGAUUCAGGUAUCUAUCAUGCACAGGCUACAGCUCAAGAUGACAUCACCGAUCAGAGUCAAAGAGACUACGCAGAUGCCGCAGCUGCCUCAUCUGCUGCCACUGAUGGUGCAGCUGUCAUGCCGGAAGCUACUGGUGGUGAAGUAGCUGGUGCAGCUGCUGUUGCAAGGCAUGCUCCCGCUCGACGCUCUACUACGGGUGGUUCAACUGCAUGGGCUCCGUCUGAUGAUGAGGAUGAGGCGGAUGACGGUGCUGAUAAUUCUAGCGACUCCGACGAGCAGGAGGAAGUCGGCGAUCUCGUAAAAUUCCCAGUCGGAGGCCCCUCUCUUGGAGCACAGCAUCUAUACGGUCCCAGAGUCACCGAAGAAUUAAGUUUGGAGGCUGUUCUGUCGAGGCCAAUUCCACACGACUGCUAUGCUCGUUGUCACUUCUGGGUGAAAAAGGGAAUCCAUACGAUGGUGAUGGAACUCACUGAUCACUCUAGGCAAUUUCUUCUGGCAGCUAAGAAGCGCUCCAUGGCAACUGGGACAGAGUUCCUAAUAUCAAAGACAGAAGGCCAGGAAAUCACCAAGCAUUCUGGUUCGUACCUCGGUAAACUAAGGUGUAACUUAACUGGUACUGAGUUCACUCUGUAUGAUGACGGGACAAACCCACACAAGCUGGGACGGGCCUUUCCCGAUUAUUCCAACCUGAGAGAGGAGAUACUGGGAAUACACGUGGGCAGGGCCAUGCUAGGUCUGUCAGGUCCACGGCAUCUCUCUAUCAUCAUACCCCAUCUCAAUCAGAAUGAUGAAAGAUUGAAAGUCCUCCCAAAAAAGGAAAGUGAGACACUACUUGAGAUGUUCAAAUGUAAAACGCUGAAUGAGAAGACGGUUACACUUCAAAAUAAGGAGCCAGAGUGGAAUGACCGAUCGCAGACCUAUGUGUUAAACUUCAACGGACGUCCCAUAGUGCCGUCUUCGAAGAAUUUUCAAAUAGUUCACCCCAGAGACACUGACUACAUCGUAAUGCAGUUUGGCCGUGUGUCCGAAAAGCAGUACACGUUGGAUUUCUGCUACCCAUUCUGUCCGUUACAAGCCUUUGGUUUGGCUGUCAGUGGCUGUUUCAAGAACUUGGGAAACUAGACUCCACUCCAGGACACGGUAACCACUCCAGGACACAGUAACCACGAGACGAGUAUAUUUAUCGUAUCUCGUAUAUAGUGCAAUGCAGUGAGGAGGCUAUGAUCUUUUCAGCAUGUCUUCCAUCUGCAAACCCCGUGCCUUUCAGCUGUGUGUGGAUGGACCAUGGGCGGUCUACGACAUCACAUAUGCAUUCACACACCCAGCUUGCACAGUAUCAGUUGGCAAUUGGGUGAUAACUCCGUCAAUAACAACAUGUUAUGGCGGCGAUGAAAAGAUCGCUGAGUACUGCUGUAAGAACUAUCCUACAGAUCAGAGCAAUGAAGACUAUUAUUAAUGAAGACACGGCCACACAACAUAACGACUAUGUCGAGUUUAUAAUAAUUUUAAUAUUUAAAAUUGACAUUAUGAAACAUGGAUAUGGGACAUGGUGUGGUUGUGCGCAGUAGAGGUAUUGACAUUAUGAAACAUGUAUUCCAUCAUGCAGAUUAUCGCGUUACGCAUUUCUCUGAUUAAAACUCUUGCUCCGCGCUGCGUUCUUAUCUCUUACCUAUGUUGUAUAACGCCUCUGCAUAACUCAUACUGGCUUCAAGCAGUUAAAACAGGUGUGAGGCAAGUAUAGAUCUGUCGG